CCUCCCAUCCAUCCUCCCUCCCUGUCAUUCUCUCGCUGCCUUUCCUUCCCCACUCACUCGUGGAGCCACAGAGGCAGGAGCCGCUCUAAGCGCAGCGCAGGGUUUUUGACUCAGCACUGAGGAGGAUGUGCUUUUGAGGUCGAUCGCAGUUGUUUGGUGCAGCUUCCUCGCUCAGUACCAUACCAUUUUUGCUCCGAGAAUGAAGAAGUGAAUCAUCUGUGAUCGCAGUCAUGGCUGUCCAGACUGGCAUCCAGGUAUGGUUCGGUGAGAAGUUCGACGCCCCUUUGCUGAGCCCCAGGAGCCCUCGCAGCCCACUAGCACAGCGGCACGGCCCCGGCCUCGCAGAUGUCUUCCAGUACGACCAGUGGCUGGCAGUGCGACAUGAGGCCACCCUGGUGCCCAUGCAGGAGGACCUGGCCAUUUGGCUCACUGGCAUGCUGGGCGAAGAGGUGAGAGCAGAGUUCUUCAUGGAGGAGCUGAAUAACGGUGUGAAGCUCUGCCAGCUUAUCGGUGUGCUGCAGACCAAGAUCGCCCAGAGCUGCCCCUCCGCACUCUGCAAGCUCUUCCCUACAAGGAAGAUUGCAUGUAAACGGGACGCCUCUCCGGGUUCCUUCUUCGCUCGUGACAACACCGCCAACUUCCUGGCCUGGUGCCGCCACAUCGGUGUGGAGGAGACUUAUCUGUUCGAGUCAGAGGGCCUCGUGCUGCACAAGGAGCCUCGGCAAGUUUGUCUCUGUCUCUUGGAGAUCGGCCGCAUCGUGUCCAAGUACGGUGUGGAGCCUCCUGUGCUGGUGAAGCUGGAGAAGGAGAUUGAGUUGGAGGAGACUCUGCUGAUGACAGAGGAGCCGCCUCCAGCCGUGAAAACCUUCAGCGUUUGCUGCCAGCACGGUGGCCUCUACCAGGCAGGGGAGCACGGCAUGGACGAUCCACCCUGCAACUGCGCCAACAGAGUGUCCAUUGAGUACCUGUCUGAGGGACGCUACAGACUGGGAGACAAGACCCUCUUUAUUCGGAUGCUCCAUGGUAAACAUGUGAUGGUGCGUGUCGGCGGUGGCUGGGACACACUGCGCGGCUUCCUAAUGAAAUACGACCCUCUGCGAGUGCUGCAGUUCACCACUCUGGAGCAGAAGAUCCUGGCCUUCCAGAAAGGCCCCCCCAGCCUGGGAGGUCACCACGGCAAUGCAGCCCCACCCCCUCCUCCUGACAUGGACCCCCUCGCUGCUGUCAACAACCUCAUCUCUUCCUCAUCCUCCUCUUCCUCCUCCACCUCAUCGUCGUCUUCUUCCUCAGGCUCGGCUUCUAAGCCAACGUCUGCAAAUGCUGCAGGUCAGACGUGUCGGUCCUACGCCGCCUCCCCGGCCUGCACGCCCACUUUGCCCAGAAAGGGUGCUGCCACAGCACCCAAGAAGAACCUGCAGGCGCCUUCUUCCCCCAGGAAGCCCACCCAGCUGCCCCUGCCCAUCACCACCAAAGGUUCCUCCUCUCUGCCUUCUACACCUGUGGGAAGCUCCACCAAACAGUCUCCCAGCCCGGGGUGUCAGGGUGCGCAGCUCCAUCGCAGAGCGCUGACUCCAUCUUCGACUCCAUCCCUAGCUCCAUCACCUGCCCCAGCUGAGCCAAGCACCUCCUCCAAAAAGAAGCUCAGACCGCCACAACGCGGCCCCCUCUCUCAGCCAAGGAGCCCAGUUUGCCCUGAGCCGUCUUCCAAAUGCCCCAAACCCUCCAGCCCCUGCACCACCCCCAUCGCUGCCUCUGUGCCUCGCCCCGUCACUGCACCAGUACGGGCACCCACCCCUAAAGAUGCCCGGCCCCCAACGGGCGCCAGCCAGCGCUCUCGCCUUGCACAGCGCCGCCCCGGCUCCCCAGCCUCGCGCCUCCGUCUAGAGGCAGCCAGGCGGGUGCGGACGGCCGCAAGAGCUGCAGCGACGCCAACUCCCCAAACCCGGACCCCCACACCCAGCUCACGGACAGCCUCCCCGGUGCUGCCAAAACCUACUAGCUCUCUGCCGAAGAGCAAAGAGGUCACAGCCAAAGCCAAGGGGCCGGCCCCGAGCAAGGCGCCGGCUGCUGCCCCUCCACGCGGCACUGCUGCUGUCCCCGGGCGGGUCCCAGGGGGCAACGCAGGCCCUUCUCCCGCCAAUAAAGCCAAUCAGAAAACACCAGCCACAGCUCAGAGGGUGGGGCGAAAGCAAGCAGCAGCCGCCACCACCAACCCCAUCAACGGGAAGUCAACUCUAAAACCUGAAGCUACUCCAGGACCAGUCCUGGCCCCUCAGAAAACCAGCACCAACGUCAAAGCCAUCAAGACCGAGCCGGGCGUCGCCAAGAAGCUCCCACAGUGCAAAGGCAAAAGUGAGGAGCCUUAUUUUGAAAUGAACAGUCGGAGGAGGCAGAAGACGUAACGGGGCGGUCUCUGGAGACGUCGCCAAAGCCAGCAGGCUGGUCACACAGCUUCUUACCACAAAGCAGCACUUGUUGGAACUCAGACUCUUUUUUUUAAUCACUAACCCUCAUUAAAACACUUCUCAUAUUUGACCAUUAUUUUUGUCUUCAAAUUAAUUUUUGUUGGUUUUUGUAUGUUAUUUAAUAGUCUUUUAUUUUUUUUAAUCCAAAAGGGUCAAAGAUGUUUCUGUACGUGUCGUCUUUGUGGUGAUUUAAUGGUUGAUUUUUUUUUUUUUGUUUUGUUUUGUUUUUUUUGAGAGGCCAGCUAACCUGGUUAACACUUCAACUUGCACAAUGUUUACAUUUUUAUUUUGGAUACAUGUAUAGCUGUUACUAAUGACUUUUACAGAACAAAGGAUGGAGUUUUAUAGUUCAAACACUAACCUCAAAGCUCUUAUAGCUCAACAUAACAUGACAGGAUACAGCCAUGGUUUAGUAAAACACACUUAGGUGAACACCUGCAGGACACAGAUCAGUUUUUAAUUGUAGCAAAGCAGCUCCUGAGUCCUGUUUGCUCCAACAGGUUACCAAAGUUGUGGAAUUUCUGGAGUUCAGUGAUGAAACUGGAACACAAAUCAUGGUUUCUGGUGAAUUUCUCUCCCUGGUGAGAACAUACUUUCCACUGGUGGACAGCCAGACGUAAUACUUGUCUGAUUUUUGUAUAAAUGAUAUCUAGGUGGGAGGUUUGUCUCGAUGGCACCAGACAAGGCGUCAUCAGGAACAAGCCUUCCUGUCGUGUGCCUUCAUCAGAAGUCUCAUUUCUGAGCGGCAUUAGAAUGUAUUAGAUGAUCGGUGG